GAGGCGGGCUGGGCGCCGCGGGCUGCCCGGCGUUGCAAUGGCGGCGGUGGAAGGGAUCGCCGCCCGCCUGGCCCGGCAGGAGCAGGAGAUCCGCGGCUUGGCGGCCGAGAUCGGGCGCUUGAAGGAGCCCGAGCGCUGGCCCGGCGGCCUGGGCCUCUGCCCCGACGCCAGCCCGGAGCUGCAAGCGCUGCGGGCCGAGAACGAGAAGCUCCUCUACCGCCGCCUCCACCUCCGCCGCAGCCUGCAGGCUGAGCUCGCCCGGCAGCAGCAGCAGCAGCCAGGAGCCGCAGGAGGGCAGGAGCCGUCCAGUGCGAAGAGCGUUGCUUGCCAGGCUAAACAUAAAAAGGAGAAGAAAACAGAAAACGAAGUUGCAAACGGAUUUAGGAACGAGGAGCCGAGCUACAUCCCGGACAGGCUGAAGUUAUAUGAAGCACUGAAGAAAGAGCAUGAGGCCCUGUUUUCUUCCAGGGCAGCUAGUCAGAGCAGACCUAUCCGAAUCACUCUUGCUGAUGGGAAGAAGGUGGACGGGGAAUCCUGGCGAACGACUCCCCAUCAAAUUGGGCAAGCCAUCAGCCGAGCGCUGGCUGAUAAUGCGGUCAUCGCCAAAGUGAAUGGUGAACUGUGGGAUUUAGAUCGUCCGCUGGAAGGAGAUGCUACUUUGGAGCUACUCACGUUUGACAACGAAGAGGCGCAAGCGGUGUAUUGGCAUUCUAGCGCUCAUAUUCUUGGAGAAGCCAUGGAAACUUUUUACGGAGGAUGUUUGUGCUACGGACCUCCCAUUGAGAAUGGGUUUUAUUAUGACAUGUUCAUGGAAAACAGGGGGGUGUCUAGUACUGAGUUCCCGACGCUGGAGAACCUCUGUAAAAGCAUCAUAAAGGAGAAACAGCCUUUUGAAAGACUAGAAAUCCGCAAGGAAGUCCUGCUAGACAUGUUUAAGUAUAACCCAUUUAAGUGUCGAAUCCUGAAUGAGAAAGUGGAUACACCAACAACAACAGUGUACAGGUGCGGCCCAUUGAUCGAUUUAUGCCGGGGCCCUCACGUGAGGCACACGGGCAAAAUUAAAGCCUUGAAGAUCAUUAAGAACUCUUCCACGUAUUGGGAGGGGAAGGCCAACAUGGAAACGCUGCAGAGAAUUUACGGGAUAUCAUUUCCAGACAACAAACUGAUGAAGGAAUGGGAGAAGUUCCAGGAGGAAGCCAGGAACAGAGACCACAGGAAAAUUGGCAGGGAACAACAGCUCUUUUUCUUUCAUGAUCUGAGCCCCGGAAGCUGUUUCUUCCUUCCCAGAGGUGCCUUUAUUUACAACACACUCAUCAGUUUUAUUAAAGGGGAAUAUCACCGGCGUGACUUCACCGAGGUUCUUUCUCCUAAUAUCUACAAUAGCAAACUUUGGGAAGUGUCCGGCCACUGGCAACACUACAGUGAAAACAUGUUCUCGUUCGAAUCCGAGAAGGAAACGUUUGCUCUUAAGCCUAUGAACUGCCCUGGACAUUGCUUGAUGUUUGCUCACCGGCCCCGAUCCUGGAGGGAAAUGCCUUUGAGGUUGGCCGACUUUGGAGUUCUCCACCGCAAUGAGUUCUCGGGGACCCUGAGCGGUUUGACACGCGUGAGGCGCUUCCAGCAAGAUGAUGCCCAUAUCUUUUGCACCAUGGAGCAGAUUGAGGAAGAGAUUAAAGGCUGCCUGGACUUCUUGCAAUCAGUGUAUUCCGUCUUCGGCUUUACCUUUCAACUACAUCUCUCUACAAGGCCUGAAAACUUCCUCGGAGAAAAAGAGAUCUGGGACCAGGCAGAGAAGCAACUCCAGAACAGCCUAGAUGACUUUGGGGAGCCGUGGAAGCUAAAUCCGGGCGACGGAGCAUUUUACGGCCCCAAGAUCGACAUUACCAUCAAAGACGCCAUUGGCCGAUACCAUCAGUGCGCAACUAUACAACUCGACUUCCAGCUGCCCAUCAGAUUUAAUCUUUACUAUGUUGGCGGUGAUGACAAAGCGACGUUGAUUGUCCACAAGAAUAUUCACUGGAGCUCGUGGAAGGAUGAUAACCAUCUAGCGGAGGAAAAUUACGGCGGGAAGUGGCCCUUUUGGCUCUCUCCUCGGCAAGUCAUGGUGGUUCCUGUCGGGCCUACCUGUGAAGAGAACUCUGACUCAGUCUGCAAUGACUUUUUUGAUGGCGGCUUCAUGGCCGAUGUGGAUCUCGAUCAAAGCUGCACUUUAAACAAGAAAAUAAGAAAUGCCCAGCUGGCCCAAUAUAAUUUUAUUUUCGUGGUUGGAGAAAAGGAAAAAGCAAACCGUGCUGUGAACGUCCGGACAAGAGACAACAAAAUUCACGGCGAAGUUUCCGUCCCUUCUGCCAUUGAAAAACUAAUGAAGUUAAAAGAAUCGCAGACACUACAUGCAGAGGAAGAAUUCUAAUUCUUGCCAACUUGGGAACUCACUGGAACCCCAUUCUGGCACUGAACCUGUUUGCUUGGAAGUAAGCCCCACAGAAUUCAGUGGCGGCUUCGCUUUCUCCUAUGGCGGUCGACGCUAGCUCCUUUGAAUGAGGCUACCGUCCAAUGCUAAAGCACCUCUUGCAAGAUACCGGAAUAUCCCAAAAACCCAACCUGUAUCUGAUGCUUCUGAAAUAUUGUGAACCCCCAGGAUCCUUUACUAAAUGCCCUUCAGUUGGAUGCACGGAUCUGCCAAAUUGUGAACCUUCCAACUCAGAGGUGGUAAAACAAAAACCCAUCAAUAAAAUAAAAAGCUUCAAAGUU